CCCCCCACUAGACAGUACAGCCACAAAGUCUUUAAUAUUAUGAAAACUAAAAAUAACUUUUGGUCUUAAUUUAACGUUAGGGUUAGUCAUAAGGUUAGCAGUGUGGUUACGGUUAGGUUUAAAAAAUAAUCGAAAUUGUAGAAAUAGGCGGGGUUUAUUACUUUAUGUAUGUAUGAAUUAACUAGUGACGACCCACAGGAGCGGGACAAAAAACAUGGGAAGAAUGUCAAAUAUAUUUGAGUAAAAACUCUCCGUUUCUACUCAAGAAAAGGAUGAUUCGGUAUGUCCCGGGUGGAAUAGGGAUUGCAAAGGACUGGAGUAAUGCUGGAGUAGCCUGAUGCUGGAGUAGCCUGAUGCUGGAGUAGCCUGAUGCUGGAGUAGCCUGAUGCUGGAGUAGCCUGAUGCUGGAGUAGCCUGAUGCUGGAGUAGCCUGAUGCUGGAGUAAUGCUGGAGUAGCCUGAUGCUGCAGUAGUCUGAUACUGGAGUAUUGGUGGAGUAGUCUGAUACUGCAGUAGACAGCCUACACAGGUCGGUGAAAUCAAAACAUGAGGUGCCUGCUGCACUGCAGGACCAGGACCCCCUGUGGAUUUCACUCACAAAUCAGGAUCUAACUACGUCAUGUCUAACGGGGGAGGGGUGCUGAGCAGCACCACCCACCUGCUGGACUUCCUGGAGGAGCCCAUUCCGGGGGUUGGCACCUACGACGACUUCCACACCAUCGACUGGGUCCGGGAGAAGUGCAAGGACCGGGAACGCCACCGCAAGAUCAACGCUAAGAAGAAGGAGUCUGCGUGGGAGUUCACCAAGAGCCUGUAUGAUGCCUGGUCUGGAUGGCUGGUAGUGACGCUGACAGGACUGGCCUCAGGUGCCCUGGCGGGUCUGAUCGACAUCUCUGCUGAUUGGUUGAACGACAUCAAGGAGGGGGUGUGUCUGAAUGCCAUGUGGUUUAAUCACGAGCAGUGCUGCUGGGGCUCCAACGAGACCACUUUCGCUGAGAGGGACAAGUGUCCUCAGUGGAAGAGCUGGGCGGGGCUCAUCCUGGGCCAGGAAGAGGGUCCUGGUUCCUACAUCAUGAACUACUUCAUGUACAUCUACUGGGCUUUGUCCUUUGCCUUGCUGGCUGUGUUACUGGUUAAGGUGUUCGCCCCCUACGCCUGUGGCUCAGGCAUACCUGAGAUAAAGACUAUCCUGAGUGGGUUCAUCAUCCGGGGUUACCUGGGGAAGUGGACCCUGCUGAUCAAGACUGUGACCCUGGUGCUGGCUGUAGCGUCUGGGCUGAGCCUGGGGAAAGAGGGACCCCUGGUCCAUGUGGCCUGCUGCUGUGGAAACAUUUUCUCAUACCUCUUCCCCAAGUACAGCAAGAACGAGGCCAAGAAGAGAGAGGUCCUAUCUGCAGCAUCAGCGGCUGGGGUGUCUGUGGCUUUUGGUGCUCCCAUAGGAGGAGUACUCUUCAGCUUGGAGGAGGUGAGCUACUACUUCCCUCUGAAGACUCUGUGGCGCUCUUUCUUCGCUGCGCUAGUGGCAGCCUUCGUCCUCCGCUCCAUCAACCCGUUUGGCAACAGCCGUCUGGUCCUGUUCUAUGUGGAGUACCACACCCCCUGGUACCUGUUUGAGCUUAUCCCCUUCAUCCUGCUGGGGGUGUUUGGAGGCCUCUGGGGGGCCUUCUUCAUCAAGGCCAACAUCGCCUGGUGCCGAAGGAGGAAGUCCACCCGCUUCGGGAAAUACCCCGUCCUGGAGGUCAUCUUCGUGGCAGCCAUUACAGCCGUGGUGGCGUUCCCCAACCCCUACACGCGACAGAACACCAGCGAGCUGAUUAAGGAGUUGUUCACUGACUGUGGGCCCCUGGAGUCGUCCCAGCUGUGUCAGUACAGGAGUCAGAUGAAUGGGAGUAAGGCGUUUGUGGAUACGUCGCCUAACAAGCCGGCGGGGCCCGGGGUGUACACGGCCAUGUGGCAGCUGUGCCUGGCGCUCGUCUUCAAGAUUAUCAUGACAAUAUUCACCUUCGGACUCAAGGUUCCGGCAGGCCUAUUCAUUCCCAGUAUGGCCAUCGGGGCGAUCGCCGGGCGGAUUGUUGGCAUCGCCGUGGAGCAGCUGGCGUACUACCACCACGACUGGUUAGUGUUCAGGGAGUGGUGCGAGGUAGGCACCGACUGCAUCACCCCGGGACUCUAUGCCAUGGUGGGGGCCGCUGCAUGUCUGGGUGGUGUGACUAGGAUGACAGUGUCUCUCGUGGUUAUUGUGUUUGAGCUGACUGGCGGUCUGGAAUACAUUGUGCCCCUCAUGGCGGCCGUCAUGACCAGCAAGUGGGUGGGCGACGCCUUUGGGCGUGAGGGCAUCUACGAGUCACACAUCCGCCUCAACGGGUAUCCUUUCCUGGACGCCAAGUCAGAGUUCACACAUACCACACUGGCGCGGGAGGUGAUGCGCCCGCAGCGUAGUGAUCCGCCGUUAGCGGUGCUGACACAGGACGACCUGACGGUGGAGGAACUUCAGGUGAUCAUCAACGAGACCGGCUACAAUGGCUUCCCUGUCAUCGUCUCCAAGGAGUCUCAGAGACUGGUGGGCUUCGCCCUGCGCAGGGACAUCACCAUCGCUAUAGAAAACGCACGGCGAAAGCAGGAGGGUAUCCUGCUGACCUCGCGGGUCUACUUCACGCAGCACGCCCCCACGCUGCCCGCCGACAGCCCGCGGCCCCUCAAGCUGCGCUCCAUCUUGGACAUGAGCCCCUUCACCGUCACUGACCACACGCCCAUGGAGAUAGUGGUGGACAUCUUCCGCAAGCUGGGACUUCGCCAGUGUCUGGUGACACACAACGGGAUUGUAUUGGGCAUCAUCACUAAGAAGAAUAUAUUAGCGCAUCUGGAGGAGCUCAAGGAACACACGGAGCCCCUGGCGUCUCCUUGGUAUUAUCACAAAAAAAGAUAUCCUUCGUCAUAUGGCCCAGUUGACCAACCAAGAUCCCGACAACAUAAUGUUCAACUAGUCACCUCCUUCCCAGGUCGUCACGAUGAUGAGGAGGAGAACGAGGAGGAGGUGGUGCACCUACUGGAGGGUCGAGGCUCCUCUCUAUGACAAACAGCCCCCCCCCCCCCCCCCAUGGAACCCUGUCCCUAACCAUAGUGACUGAGAGCCUUAGUGACUAGGGACCCUCCCACAGAGCCCUAGUGGCCACAGGAAGGAUGAGAGAGACAGAUUAAAGGGAUAUUAAAUGGCUGUUUUUGAAGGAUGUUCCGGCCACAAAGUCGCAGCUACUACGGACUGGGACAUAUAUACCCAAGGAACACACAUUUAACACACACACAUACAGGAGCUCACACUCACUCAUACAAACACAGAUGCCAGACAAGAGCACACACUUGACCUCCUACACACACACACACGCACACACACACACCCUUCAUGCUCCUCCACCCAUGUCCUAUUCCUAUUGGUUUAUACUAGCAGACAUUGCUGUGAGCCUAAUGCCUGGCUGCCAGGGUGAGACGUCAGAAUGAUCCUCUAGGACACAAGGAGGGACCUUCAGACACACCGAUUUGCUGUCUGCCAGAUGCCCUGCCAGGCUCCGACCCCACUCUGUCCCUCCCUCACACCCCGUCCAUCCUCAAAAUAAUUGUUUACCUGGGAACUGUGUGUGAGAGCAAUCAAGAGUGCUUGUGUGUGUGUGUCACGAGCACCUCAACAUUCCAUUCAGGUUGUUAUAGUAACCCCCUAAAGACAACCCUUGAUAUUAGACUGGGCCUCGAUCCAAGGGAGAUUUGCUUUAAUGUGAGCGAAGGAGAGAGAGCUAGAGGGUUGUCAAGGAUACAAGCAGGAUGUACUGUAGUAGUUCAUGUCUGAGUGUAUGGAUGUGUGUUGUAGUUCAGUAUGUGAAAACAGAUGCAGUGUUGUACAGAAGAGUCUGAUACUCAUCAGUUACUCCCUGUUGAACUAAAGAACUGUGUGAGCAGGUCCCAUUAGGAUGGAGACCUAGCAACACUCCGACAGUGAAGGUGGGGAGAGUUUGUAGAAGAAAAUAUUAAAAGGUUGAGUUACUCUAACUGGAGAUAAGUUUUUUUUUUACUAUUGCUACUACUUUUAGUAUUGAUAUCUACAUAAUGAAGUAACGAGACAAAGUCAAGACUGGAGAACUGCACUUUGUCUUUCCAAGUGAACAACAUAAAUGAUGAUGAUGAUGAUGUCGAUGGUAAUACUACACAGUAACCGUGUCUUGAAGAUUUGACUUUGCUUAAUUAAGCUGUUUCAUGGUGUGAGAAAUGUAUCUUUCAAGGCUCCUCUUCCCAGUCGUCAACAAGAACAAUUCAACAUACUUUUCUCUGUAUGUCGGUUUUAACCAAUAUAAACCAUUUUAAAUCGACUUCCAGCAUUCCAUGGUUGCGUCACAAAUGGCACCCUAUUCCCUAUAUAGAGCACUACUCUUGAACAUGGCACCCUAUUCCCUAUAUAGAGCACUACUCUUGAACAUGGCACCCUAUUCCCUAUAUAGAGCACUACUCUUGAACA